CCGAUAUCGCGCGGCGGGUUUGGGAAUCACAGGUGCCUCUUCCUCAGGUAUGCUGAAGAGCGGCAUGGCUGGCCUUGAUACCGGGAAGCUGAUCUUCACUCUAGAAUCGGACAGGAAGUGCUGCUCGAGCAAGAGCGAAAGGUGCAUGUAUAUCGACAACCUGAGAGUCUUGCACAGCGCGUAGUAUUGUUUCGGAGAGACGACCCCUUUGAACGCAAAAGUGCCACCGACGAGUCUCAAGUUGAACUUGAGAGUCCCAUUCCGCCAGUCCAUACAGAAUCCCCGAUGCCCCGUCAUCGCCACCAUCCGCAGCUUCCUCAGAGACAGUGAACACAGCAUCAGUGAAGACGCAUGCGACGUUCGCAGGGAUGAGCUCGAAACCACUGUCCUCGCUGGGAAGCGCGACAUCGCUGCCCAGGGGUGCCACGCACAACAGGAGAUGCAUCGGGUGCGACGACAGUGUGGAGUCGCACGAGUCCGAAACAGACGAUUCCGAGCCAGUCAGAGUUCCAGACGCGUGUGCAUUAGCGAGAUCCCGGAGCUGGUGCAACGACUGAUCGGUAGUGUCGACGGGGAACGCCACACUCGCACCCAAGUCCGACAAGAGGCUGCCCAGCGACCCAGACAAAGGGGUGGAGGGAGUCGGAGUCUGCGUCAUGACACUGCCGAUACUCGACAUCGUGUCCGAGCGCACAGGCCUCGGUGGCUCGCGGCGCUCCCCCUCCGAUGGCUGCCGCCGGCCCGUACCCCGCAGCCGUUUCAGCCGCACACCCGUCAGCCAGCCCCCGCGGUCAACCGCCUCCCCAAGUGCAUCCAACACGUGUUCCAGCGCCACAGCCCACUCCUCCUUGGUCGCUGCGUCGGUGCCCGGCCCCAAAUCGCAUUCCGAGUCCGCGUCGGAGAGGAUGUGCCGCACGAAGCGGCCGCGGUGCGCGCGCGCGUCGACGGAUAGCGUGUUCGUCACGUUCGGGGGAGCCAGGGGGUGUUUCGCAGGGCGGAACCGGGGCACGCUCUCUCGACCCGACUUGGACUGCGUGCCGCGGCCGCGGCCGCGUUCGGGGGCCAGGGACGUCGAGUACGCGAGCUGGAGGAUGCGGUACGCGCAUAUGAAGGGCAGGAGGAAUACAUAUAAUAAUGUUAUGCCUCUGAGCUCGAAAUCGACCGGCAUGGCAUUG